AUGGCGGGAGGGGAUGGAGAGAAGGAGAAGAUGAGGAGAAGAAGAGGGGCCCCGCCCCCGCUCUAUCCCAUUGCCCGCCUCCCCAUAGCCCCGCCCCCGCUCUCUCCCAUUGGUCUAUCCCUCUUAGCCACGCCCCCACAGCGCUCCCAUUGGCCGCGUCCCCCAUUUAGCCCCGCCCCCCAGCGGGCGCGCGCCCCGCGCCUCCGGUUUGCCUCAGUCGGCGGCGCGGGCGGGCGGAGGCGCGGCGGGGGCCGGAGCCGCCGCUGCCCCGCGGGGCCGGGGCCUGCCCUGCCCUGCCCGCCGCCCGCCGUCAUGGAGGCGCUGGGCGGGCUGCUGGGCGCCGAGGCGGGGCCGCGGCCCUGCGGGCUGGCGGCGCUGCUGGACGGCGCCGAGUACCGGCCGGAGCUGGCGCUGCCGCACGCCGUCAGCGUGCCGUGCGAGGCGCCGCCGCCCGCCUGCGCCGGUACCUACGCCACGCUCACCCCGCUGCAGCCGCCGCCCGCCGAUAAGUUCCACGCGCCGCGGCUGCCGGGAGACAGCGGGUUCGCGCUGGGCGGGCUCUACGGGCCCUACAAGGAGGCGGCGGCGGCGCCGCCCGCCCCGCACGGGCUGCUCGGUUACGGGCCGCCCGCCGCCUUCGAGCCGCAGCACGGGGCGCUCGGCACCCCCCUGGCCGGCGCCCCGCCCCCCGCGCCCCGCGAGCGCCCGCCCGCCCCGCUGGACGAGAUCGACACGCGGGAGGUGGCGCGGCGGGUGACGGCCGAGCUGAAGCGCUACAGCAUCCCGCAGGCCAUCUUCGCGCAGAGGGUGCUCGGCCGCUCGCAGGGCACCCUGUCCGACCUGCUGCGGAACCCCAAGCCCUGGAGCAAGCUCAAAUCCGGCCGCGAGACCUUCCGCAGGAUGUGGAAGUGGCUGCAGGAGCCCGAGUUCCAGAGGAUGUCCGCCCUCCGCCUCGCAGCCUGCAAACGCAAAGAGCAAGAACCCAACAAAGAGCGGAACCACGCCCAGAAGAAAUCCCGCCUGGUUUUCACGGACCUCCAGCGCCGGACGCUCUUCGCCAUCUUCAAGGAGAACAAACGCCCUUCCAAAGAAAUGCAGAUCACCAUCUCCCAGCAGCUGGGCCUGGAGCUCACCACCGUCAGCAACUUCUUCAUGAACGCCCGCCGGCGCAGCCUGGAGAAGUGGCAGGACGACCUGAGCUCCUGCGGCUCCUCCGCGGCCUCCAGCACCUGCACCAAAGUGUGACGGCGACGGCCGGGCCCUUCGCCGCAGACUUAAAGCACAAUCUUCCCGCGAACCAAGCCCAGCGCAGCUGGGACAGAGGACACUUCUGGUGGGUCUUUGCAGGCGCAAGGUCACAAUUAACCUCUUUCUCUACAAUCCUACGCUCAGGACGGGCGAAGCAGGGCUGAAACGCUCACCGAGUAAGUUUUUCCUGAGCCCCAAAGAACCCCCCCGGCCAGUGGGGCUGCCGAAGGCAGGCCUGGGCAACCUGCCCGUGGCCAAUGUUUGCCAGCAGGGCGCCGGUGCUGGCCACACCGCCCUGCGCCAGAGCUCGCCGCCGCGCCAAGCGAGCACCAAGCCUGCCACGGAGACACUCAAGAACCUGGUUGGGAAACUCAGGCACGGUUCUAGGAUGGUUUAGGGACAAAAAAUGGAUCGAAUCAAAGGUUUCGGUUGGGAUUUUUCAUUUAAAUCCAUUGACGAUCGGGAAGCAGAAAGCUUUGGGUCGGAAGGGACCUUGACCUCACCCCGUCUGCCCCCUAAGCUUGGAUCAGAAAGUGCAGCUCCCAGUACCAAGCACAAAGCCAGGAGAUCCAGAAGAGGCCCUCUGCCGGGCUCUCCACCGCGGUGGCCGAGGUGGGGCGGGCAGGCGGCCGCGGGCUCUGCGUUCGCACCUGGCGCAGGUGCACACUCAGGACUGUGCAAACACGGCGUUGGGAAAGGGUUUUUUGGGUCACCAAUCCGUCCUUUUUUAGUUCAUCUCCUCCACAGCGUUACCGCAAUGUAUUUAUCUGUUAUUUUUAUUCCAUUUUUGGGGUGUUUUAUGGUACUUCCCGGCAGGAAAACACCAAAAGGAAGCCCUUCCGAUGCCACCAACCGUUUUAGAUGUGCCACCGUCUGGAUCGAUUGCAUCCCUAAGUUCCUUUGACCCCUCCGCCAGAUGCCCGAGCUGGUGGGAACGCAGCACACCAAAGAGACGGCCUUUCUGCAAGCCAAAGAUGUUUCUAAGUUGCCAUUUUCUCCUCGGGCUCGGUUAGUUGGCCCCGGCGCUGUUGGGGCGCGUCUCCCGGCGGGCGCGGCCUCUUUAGAGACACUUGAGACUCUCUUCUUUUUUUUAAUGUCCUAUUUAAUCGAAACCAAAGAAACAUUUUUUCUGCACCUACUUCUUCGGCACCGAACUGUUCCGUCGAGAAAGCAAACGACAAACGGACGAGGAAGCGAGCGAGUAACGCGCCGCCUUUCGAGGGACGACGGCGUAGGAAGCAGAUCUCAAAGAAAGGGUUGACAAGAACGAGGGCGAAGCCAAGCCAGGACGCUUGCCGCUUCAUUUUGACGACUCGGAGUCAUCUUAACGUCGAAGAUUGUCUUUAAUUUGUGCCUAUGCAGCGUUUUCUUUUCCAAGGAACAGAGCAACCAAAACCUCAGCAGCUACAAUACCAAAGAUGAAGCAUUCUCACUUCCUUGUGUUUCAGUUUGUUGUCUCCUCUCGCGUUGGUCUCUGGACAGGUAAACCACUUCUGUUUCUUUGCGCAGCCAAAGGGUGGGUUGAGCUAAGGGAGGUUCCUGUUUCCGCUCCACGCGGGACCUCUCCAAGAGCUGCGUGGACUCCGAAUUGUUGGGAUACUACGCCGGUACGUCUCCUCUCUCUGUCUCCAAAGCCACGUAGGAACGAUGUCUCCGUUGGGUGUGACUUGUUUCAUUGAAUAGAGUUGGUCGAGGGCUUUGAACGGCCAUCGUCGUGCGUGUGAGAUGGGUUGGGUAACCUCCACCCUUCUUUCUCCAGGGAUAAAACUCGCGAUACGAGCGUUGUGGUCGUACGUGCCGAGCACCGCCGCAGCUUGGCCUGCUGAGAUCGGACCCCGAGCUGAACCAAAACUGGCGUUGCAGCAGCUCCGUAGUUCAUUUUGACGUAGUGGACGUGUUAUGGUUGAGCAAAGUCUCGAUCCCAACCAUGACACGCAGCCCGAGGUCCAAAUUCAUCUUCAGGGCUGGAGCACGGUUUGCUCCGCCUUUCUGCUUUGCAGAACUCUUUUCUCCAAUGAGUUAAAGAGAAGUCCGAAAACCUUGGUCUGCUCAGGACAAGGGAGACUCAAAAUGUCCUUCAAAGUAGAUUUCCAGACAGUUGAUGAACCAUUUGAGAAUGAUGCAAAGAACAUGGAAGGGAGCUGCCAUAACGUUGGUUCAGGUCGGGGCUGAUCCGUGCUGACGUCUCUGAGAUGUUCUGAGUCGGCCCAGCUGAGGUGGUUGGGGUCACCUCCCUUCCCGUCCGCUCAAAGCAGCCUCUCCACGUGCGUUUGGAUCAUGGCGGUGCCCUCACGUCUCGUUCUGAAAGCUCCUCCUGCCAUCUGCUGUAGGACCGCGGAAUGGUUUGGAUUGGAAGGGGCCUCGCAGCCCAUCCAGUUCCACGGGCAGGGCCACCUCCCGCUGGCUCAGGCUGCCCCAGGCCCCAUCCAACCUGGCCUUGGACUCCUCCAGGGAUGGGGCGGCCUUGGGACCGGAUGAUCUUUAAGGUCCCUUCCAACCCAAACCAUGCCAUGAUCCUCAUGAAGCAAAGGCCUGGGCUUUCUGUUUGUCUUUGGGUUUCCUCCCAAUGGCGUAACGACAGAAGUCCGGAGCGACUCCAAACGUGUGAGGCUUCUCUGAGCUGCGACCACAACCGCAUCCCUGCCCACGGUUCCUCCAUCAUUAAUGAAACUCAUUGUCAUCUCAACAUCUGAAACUACUGCUGCGUGUUUUAUCCCUGCGUCUUUCACGGCCCCAUGGUGCGUCUUCCAUCUCACCGUCAGCUCUCGUAGGCCUUUACGUAGCAGCUGCCUCGGAAGAGGAGCAUCGGAAGCGUGGGUAGAUGUAUUGUGUGUGAUGUAACGUGUUCCUUGUAUCCAUUGGCAUCCAAAAGACUAAGGUAGUAUCUCAGCACCUUCCGCAGCGCGUCCUUGGGGUGACUCCCGUGGGCACAUCCGAGAGGAACUCCACUUUCCAGACCCCUUGGGUGUCGUUUCAAUCAGCCGCGAAGGAUCAAAGACUGUGCUCUACGCCUUCGGUUCGAAAGCUUUACUCCACGUCUCUCUUUACCUAAAGCUGAAGCCAAAGACCUCGAGGAGGACUCAACCAGGUAACGUCGCCCAGAGCCGCCCGUGGGCCUCCUCUCCCGCUGCGAGACAACCUUCUUCCUUCUUCUUAGUUUGGACACGUGGGGAAAACCUUUGGAUUUGCCCUCUUUACAAACAGGGAUUUGGAUUCGUUGGCUUUUUUGGCUUAAACGGUUUUAUUUAUUCCAGAACGGUGUGGCUUUCCACCCGAUAUUUGAUCGCUCGAUAAUGGCAUUUAUUUCCUUCCGUGUCCCAAAGUCCUCGUUCAGCCCAAACCGCGUUGAGCUGCGCUUCGGCUCGAAGGCUCAACGGGAGCUUUGGCCGGACGCGGGCCGCGGGAUCGGGGUGACGCUUUCAUUUCUAUUCAUUCCUCAUUUUGGGGGUCGUUUUGUUGAUUUACGCCCUGGGGGCGGGAACGCGCUUCCGAGUUGGGUUUGACUUCCUCCUCCAGCACCUUCGUAGCGGCAGGAGGAGGCGGCGCCAAAACGAGGAGGUUUGGGUUCUUUUAAUCCAUUUAACUGCUUAAUUAUUGAACUUAUUUAAGUCAAUCCCUUCCCUUAUUUAAGUCAAUCCUUUCUCUUAUUUAAGUCAAUCCCUUCCUUUAUUUAAGUCAAUCCUUUCCCUUAUUUAAGUCCAACCUUUCCCUUAUUUAUUGGAGCCCUUUCCCGCCGGCAGAAGGUGCGACGCAGCUUCGUUACGGCCCAAAAAAGCCUUUGUUGGUUAUACUUUAUUUAUUGAACUUCUUAACGUCCCCCGGAGUUGCUUUUGUUUUCAAGCAGAGUCACCUCCGGAGCCCCCGCGCGAAGGACGAGGGAGGAAGGUUCCACCUCAGCCCGAAACAAGGCGGGAAGGAACGACGGUGCCCGGAGUUUGGGGCCUCUUGGGGUGGGACGGGAGACGAGAGGGGGACCUUCGAGGGGCUGCGCCCGCAAA